AUGUCAAUAUUUGCGACUCUGAACCCAUCUAUCGACAACAUCACGACCGUCACGAUGCCGAAAGAAGUCAAGCAGAAGUCUGGCCUCAUCGUUGGCCUUAACGCCGGCCACAAGGUCACCCCCAGGACCCCCGCUCCCAGGAUCUCGAGGAGGAAGGGUUUCCUGUCGAAGCGCACUGCCUUCGUCCGUGAGAUCACCAAGGAGGUUGCCGGUCUUGCCCCAUACGAGAAGCGCAUCAUCGAAUUGCUCCGAAACUCCAAGGACAAGCGUGCCCGCCGCCUAGCGAAGAAGAGGCUCGGUACCUUCGGUCGCUCAAAGAGAAAGGUCGACGAGAUGACCCGCGUCAUCGCUGAGUCCAAGCGCGCUGGUCACUAA